CAACUAGCUUACUUGUCACUCACUUCCUUUUUGAGACAGUUUCUGGAAGAGUCAGACCUAAAAUUUGGCCUUUGGGGAAAGUCUCAUCAGGUUCAAGUUGCUGUGCUUUUAACACAGUCAGCUCUUUACACAGACACAAUUUUUUAUUACAUAAUUUUGAGUUUGUAAAACAACUUGUCACCAAUUACGCGUAUCAUACGAAUAGCGCGAAAGGAUGACCAGCGUCAACAAACGAAGAGGAGGAUCCUUUCCCAUUUGUUUUUGUUUUAUCGUUGUCACAAUGGUCGUUAUAAUUCUCCGGUUGACCCACGCUCAACCACAACACUUUUUCAAAGCGAACCAAGGAGCAGAUGCCCCAGUGUCGAAAUCUCUACCACGGAUCGGUCGUCGCAGUGACUUGGAAACUUUCCCUUUACCACUGAUGACUGACAACCGUCCGUGGUCUGAGGGCAACGUUGUUGAACAUCGCAACGGGAACCAGCAACCGCAGGAAGUCCGCGGAGGAGGAGGUGAAAGUUAUGCAAUUCCAUUUCUGGAAGAAGAAGAGAGUCGUCUCGCCCCAAACAUUCUGCAUCAGGUGGAUCAAUACCUCUGGAAAAAGUUGAUGGCUGCUGCUGGUGAUCCAGACAUUUCAGAAAUUCGCAACGGCGACACUAUGCGGAACGUGUACAGAUCUCGAGCUCUGAAGUAGUAGGCUUCCUACGCAUUGGAUUAUUUAGUGUAUAGCAUUUAUGUACGUUAAGAUUAGUACACACCGGAACUGCAUAUCGGAACUGUGGGUGUAUUCUGUAAUAAUAUGUACGUUUAAGUCAUUUGUUAUUGAUCGAAGCGAUCACUGAGUGACUAUAUUUAUUACAGUCAGUAAGCGACAAUAUUUAAAAAAAAGUAUGCUCUUAGUAUUUCUGGUACGUGUAUAAAGCACGAGGAUUGCAUAAAUAUUCAUAGCACAUGAGUUUGGAUUCGAAUAAUGUUUUUAGCUUUUUUUAGAGCCAUCGCUUUUGUCGCGUAUGUCAUAUUAUUAUCCUUUUAUGGAUAAAGCCUCUGUAUUGACAAUAAUAGAAAUAAAGUACGUUUUUAGUUUGUUUAAAACCAAUCUUAGCCUUUUGUCAUUCUUUCCUAACACUUUCAGAUUAGUGUAAACUGUAUAGUCUGCAGAUGUAUAUGUAAUUAGUGAGUCAUUAACUGGUAAAAUAAAAUAUUUGUAGGAACAUGCAAUUUGUGGUAAAUUA